GACAAUUAUAUUUUCCGCAAUAUUCAAAUUUUUGGACGUUCUAGUUUCUAAGAGUUCAAAUUUACAAGAAUCAGGUGUAAAAUAUAAUCAAUUCCACAUUACAUUCCUGUAUGUACUAAAACGCAACUAAGUUUCGAGUAUACUCUGUUCGUCAAGCUAGCAUCGACUUAAUUAGAACAGAAUACCGAAGUACCGAAGUUUUUAGUAUAAAGCAUCGUCGCACUCAAUACGGUCGUGUUUUCGGAUGUCCGGGAAUACAGAAGUGAGUUUGGAAAAGUUGAUUUCGAAAGAAAUUGGUGAAGCAACUAUUCACGAAGAGGAUGCCGAACAAGAAAACGAUUCGAAAAAUGACGAAUCGUUUGAUUCGGUUGCCAACAUGGCGUGUUCUGAUAAUUCCCUUCGUGAAGUUGUAGGUAAAGAAGUGUCCAAUUCAAGAAAUAGUGAAUUGGGUAACUCAGCUUCGUCAAUGGGUUCGCACAAAAAUAUUUUAUUUGAAGAUGUGACCACACAUGCGCAUGAAACUGAAAAUAUCGCUAUAAGUUCAGGUGAACUUGCAGGUGAAAAUACUGCAAAUAAGAAAUUAAUAAGUUUUUUUGAAGAUAUGGGUUCGGAUGAUAAUCUUACGUUUGAAAAAGCAUCCAUACAGGUCAACAGUGAUAAUACAAAUGAGAAUACUUUAUAUGAAGAAAAUAAUGAUUCGCAGGCUUAUGAAGAUUUAAUCACAUUUUCCGAUUCAGAUGUUGAACCUUUAAAUCAAGAAAGUGUUUUACAAAUUAAUGAUUCUGAAAAAGUCGAAUUAAAAGAGUUAAUUCCGCAGAUACCACACUUAAAUGGUAGUUUUUCACAUGAAGAAACAAAAAUGAAAGGUGAAAAAUAUGAUUUUUUUCUUUCCGAUACAUUUCACGAAUCAGAUAGCAGUUUACUUAAAAAACCAUUCACACAAAUAAAUGAUACCCAAACCGAUAAAUUGUUGGAUCUGCCUAUAAUAUUGACGGCAGAUAAUACUAGUUCGCAAAUAGAAACAGAUGAGAUUCCGCAAAUUGCUAUUCAAAGCUCAUUUGGUUCAAUAAUACACUCUAAUUUUUCUAAAAGUGAUGUAUCAGCAGGUCCAGUUACAGAUCUGAGCCAUGAUGAUAUUAUUUUGCGAAAAGAAACAAAUAACUUUUCACUAAUCUCUACUCAGAACUCAUUUGAAUCAAUAAUAUUUUCCACACCUGAUAAUAACCAAUCCAAUGAAGAACCAAUUAUGCAGGCAAAUGAUUCCGAAAACGAAACAUCAAAAGAUUCGAUUUUUGUUUUAAGUUCAGUUCAUAAUAUUUUUCAAGAAGAAUCAUAUAAUCUUUCACAGAUGUCAACUCGAAGUACAUUUGGUUCCAUAAUAAUAUCUCUACCAGAGAACAAUCAAUCUAAUGAAGAACCAGUUAUACAAACUAAUGAUUCUAUAAAGGAAGAAUCAGAAAAUUCAUUUAUUACUUUAAAUUCCGUUAAUAACCAAACUCAUGAAGAAAUAUAUAACAUGUCGCACAUUUUUACUCAAAGAGACUUUGGUUCUAUGAUAAUGUCUGUUCUUGAUAAAAACCAAGCCUAUGAAGAGCAAAUUAUGCGAUCAAAUGACUCUGAAAGCGUCAAAUCAAAUAACGAAGUCAGUUCUAUAAAAAUGUCUGUAUCAGACACUAACCAAUUAUUUAAAAAGGCAAUUGUAAAAGCAAACAAUUCUAAAAGUAAUGAAUCAAAAGAUGCGAUUACGGUUCCAAACUUAAAUUAUGAAAAACACAAUUCUUUUGUUACCGAAACAUUAUGCGGCUCUAAUAAUGUAUUACGUGAAGAAUCUUUUGAAGAAUUACACGGCUCCGAAAUCGGUGAAUCAGUGGAUACGGUUAUAACAUUGAAUACAGAAGAUAAAAUAUUUAAGGAAGAAACAAUUUCUAUGGCACAUAUGUCUUCUAAAAGUGCAUUUGGUUUAAAAAUAAUUUCUAUACCGGAUAAUAAACAAUCUUAUUUGGAAAAUAUUUUAGAAGAAAACGAUUUUAAGAACGAAAAGUUAGUACAUGCAAAUUCGAUCCCGAGCUUGGAUGUUUUAUAUGAAAAGCUAAAGAAUGAGUUGGACCAUUUUAAAAAACUCAACCAUUCUUUGUCGUCAAUAUCUUGCAAUUUCGAUAAUAUUUUACGUGAUUAUACGUUUACACCCGUAAAGAUUUCUAGAAGUGAUGAGUCACUAAAUUCGCUUGCAAUAUCAGAUCCAAAUAAUAAUGAUUUGGAAAAAGAAAUACAAGAAAUUACCGACGAAAAGUCAAGCGUUUUUGGUUCAAUUAUACAAAUCAACGAUUCUGAAAACUAUGGAGUAAAAGAUGCGAUAAUAGUUGCAAAUACAGGUGAAGAUGUCGUGGACAAGAAAACAGAUGAGUUAAUCGAUGCUCUUAUAAUUUCAAAUAAAAAUGAUGAUAUGUUACAAGAUAUAUCUAAUAGUAUUCCGGAAAUCUCAAUACAGAACUUAUUAGACUCAUCAAAUAUGAAAGACGUAGCAAAUCAUGAGGAAGAAUUAGAUCAACAAGAUGAAAAGUCCAAAAUGGAAAUUGUUCAGAAAACCCAUGAUUUAGAAACGGUGAAACCGGAACAGAAAAAAACUGAUGAGUUAGUGAUUGCUAACACACUUGUAAAACCACAAAUGAAUAAUAUGGCAAACUCUUUUGAAAAUAUUUUGGCGAAUAUUCCAGAAGCCAUACGUCGCUCUCCGAAUGAUUCGAAUUCAAAUAGUGACGGUCAGCAAAAUGGUCCUGAAGUUUUUUCAUAUUCAACAAGAGGACUUGCGUUGUCUAGUGCAAGAAAUGGUUUUGUACGAAACGGUGUUAUAACCGUGCGAACUAGAGGUGCGAUUCCAUACCGACCAAACCAUCGCCCUAUGUAUGUAAUCAAUUCCCUACAAGAGACGCAAAGGCGUAUGAGCAGUAAUCUGCCAUUAUCACAAAAUCUUGAUUGGCGAACCAGCAUUAAUAUUUUAACUAUGCAGACACAAAGAGUAAAUCAAGUCAGCAACCAAGUCAGUGAAUACAAUCACUUUGCUUCUCGCCGCAAUAAUCAAAACACAGCACAAGUUUGUUGGUAUGAAGACAAUAAUUCAAGAUCCCGUUACGGAAUUGAACCAAAUUACAAUAAUUCUUAUCCGAAUUAUAUGGCGUUAAGAUCCAACACCACUCCGGUUCCAGAAUUAAACAGAGCAAGCACCUUGGAAGAGCGCAUAGACGAACUUUUACAAAUUGUCAAGAAUCUGGAUGAUCUGUGCAAUAAUGCUGUAGUCAAAAUUACAACCCGAACUACGCAACAGGGCUCUAAAAAUGCAUUGAUUCGCAAUUUAUAUUCAACACUUUUUGAUGAAAAUAUUGGUAGUGUAUUGAAAACAACAAAGGGAAGGUUAUUAAUAUGUCGGGUAAUGCCUUAUUUGGGCAAUAAUCCAAAGCGUUGGAACAUUUGGAUUGAAGUUCUAGACUCUGUGCAACGUAUAUUCAAUAAGGAUCGCAGAGAGAUUAACAAAAUGUUAUGCAUUUAUUCUGAGUUUGAAAAGGAUGUUGAAACAGCCGAUUUUGGGACUAUCGUUCGAAUGGCUAAGGUUAUUCCACUAAACAGAAAAAAAAAUGCUCUAUUAUGUUGCCGCUUUGGCCUGUCCAUCCUUGUCUGUCUUAUAACUAAUGCAGAACGAGUCUAUGUCAGCGGUGAUGAUAGCACUAUGAAUAACAUCAACAAAAGUGCUUGGCGUUUCUUUUUAACUGAACUUGCUGUGGCUGUAAAUGACAGGAAGUACAUGCUUAUCACAAUCAAUGCCUCGCAGAAGUCUAAGGAAAGUGCUCUGAAGCAUCUCACUCGUUUUACUGGCUUGAAAUUGGAUAUGCUCGCGGAUUUUAUUACAAAAACCGUGGAAGUGCUUAAGGACACUUAAAAAAUAUCAUACACUUAUUAUAUCUCAUUAGUAAAUACAUUAAUGAAUUUCACAAUUACUUAUUUAACUUUAUCAUAACGUCAUAUUCUUAAAUAAUCAUUUAAAUAACUUUCAAUUAAAUGCUGUUCAUUCAGUCUAGUUUUACAUAUUACAAAAUGUGAAAAUUCACGGGCUAGAAAUAAGAAUGCCUUCGGAAAUAAAAUGUAUUUACUUAA